UUGAAAAGAACGUUCUGAUCAACGACUGACAUGAAAGCAAAGGGUCUCUAACAGUUCUAACCAGAGUGCUUCGCUGUAUCGUAGGGACAACUGUAUAACAACUUCUGGCCCAGCUGUGAAACUCUCUUCCGAACUUUCAGCGGACUGUCCGUGUAGCUUUGACAAUAAGACGUGCUGCCUUCGCAGAAGUGGUCAAUCGUGAAAUUACCGCCCUUGCCUGAACGGAAGCCGCCUUGAUUAUCAGGUUUUUGUUAAAGCAGCUGGGACUGAGUCUCAGGAGAUGAAGGAGCUGAAGAGCUGUGCAGUUUCAGUCAGAUAGCACUUUAACAAUUAAAGAAGAAAAAUUGAAUGUAAUCUUAGAAGAGGAAGCUAUGUCUGCCAUAAUCAAUCAAGUCCAGGUCUCAUGUUUACACAGCAUAAAGACUGAACCAAGGUCUGUAGCUGAUCUACAAGAAGAGCUAAAUGGUAAUGAAAUGCUUGAGGCAGAAAGCACAUUUUGUUCUUCUACAAAUAUGACAAAUUGCUCACAAAUUAGCUGUGUACAGCUUAAAAGCAUUUCUGGUCCAGCUUACAUAAAACCUGAGCUUGCUAAGCAUAUUCCUCAAUCAAACUGGAAACAUGAGGAUGCUGUAAAACUGGAGCUAAACUCUCAGGAUGCUAUUUAUUGUAUUAAAACUGAGCAAGUUCCUGGUGAAGAACUUCAUCACAUAAAACCUGAGUAUGCUGCACACAUUGAGCAGUCAGAUUCUAGUCAUGAGAGUGCUGUGAAAGUGGAGUGCCAAUGUCAAGAUGUCACCUGUUUAAUUAAGACUGAGCAGGAUCCUGUGCAAUAUGCAAAGACAGAAGAGCAUCUUGUAUUUAAGCAAGAAGAACAAGAUCAUAGUCACAUAGUGAAGACUGAGACAGGAUGGCCUGGUCAGCAUGCAAUGUGGCAGCAUGACAAUGAUGAGAAUUUUCAAGAAAUGAAUUCUGCUAGUCUUAUAAUUCCUGAGGUGACAGAUAUUAAGAAAGAAAAUCAAACAACACCAGAGACAAAAAAACUGUUACUGAAGUCACCAAUGAUUCUGCAACAGGAAGUAGAAGUGAUGCCAAACCUUAUCAGUGCCAAGUGUGUUUAUGUUCUUUCAGUUUUUCAAGCCUACUCAAGAAACACUUGA